UUCCGCUCAGAUGUCCUUGUAGCUAUGGAAACUCAUCAGCGGCAGCAUCCAGCAGAUUGUCCACCCCGUCGUCUGGACAGCUAAGCAAAAAUUGCAUGUAAAUCAUACGCGCAAAAUGGCGAUCGGGCGUCAAACUCUUCCCCUGCUGCUCUUUUUCCUGCUGUGCCACAGAACCACAUUUGCUGUUAUACUCAGAACAACUAACAAAUCUGUGUGGACAAAUGAAUUUGACUCAAUUGAGUUGACCUGCUUGAUAGAGUCCAUAUCUACGAACAAUCCCAGAAUUGAAUGGAAGAAAAUAAAAAACGGCGUGCCCAGCUAUGUGUAUUUCCAAAAUAAAAUUUCAGGUGAUUUGGAACACAGGGCGAUACUGAGAGAGCCGGCAAAUCUUCUGAUUCUGAAUGCUAGUAGAUCGGAUUCAGCACAGUAUCGCUGUGAGGUCGCUGCCAUCGAUGACCAGAAGCCCUUUGAUGAAAUACUGAUCAGUCUCGCUGUAAGAGUGAAGCCAGUGGUGCCCAGGUGCAGUGUGCCAAAUGCGGUUACUGUGGGUUACACAACAGAACUGCACUGCAUUGAGAAAGAGGGCUUUCCUCAGUCGCAGUACCAGUGGUACCGUAACAAUGAGGAGCUGCCAGAGGACCCAAAGACCAGCGUCAAGUUUUACAAUUCUACAUAUGUCAUGAACACUGAUACUGGGUCCCUGAAAUUCCGGUCAGUGAAGAAAGAAGAUGCAGGUGAAUAUCAUUGCCAGGCCAAGAAUGAGGCAGGAACAUCCAAGUGCAGUCCACAGCCAAUGGAAGUCUAUGAUCCGGAUAUUGUUGGGAUAUGUCUGAAGGUGUUAGGCGGAGUGGCAGCAUUUAUUUUUGUCAUUGUGGGACUUUGUCAAAUUCAGAAAAAUGGCUGCUGUACCUGUAAGGACCACAUGGAAAACAAUUACAAAGUACCCGAACAUGAAAAUAGGAUGAAUUACACCAGUCCUGAUGAGGGACAUUUCCGACACAAGUCGUCCUUUGUCAUAUAAAAUCACAGAUGAGAAGAAGGGUGCAUCGGCUGUGUUAGAAGCACUUGUGAGACUUGUGAGCUGUCCAAUUGUGCAUUGUUGUACGAAGGUGCAUAAACUUGAGCUUCUUAGCUUGCCAAAGUCAUUACAAAAACGGAAAACUACUGUGUUACACAGGGGCUUUUACUUGCCUUAUUUUGAUCUAAAACAGAUAGGACUCAAACACAAACUUACUCAAAACUGUUUAUAUCUGAAAACGGAAUGCUCAUGAGUUGAACAUAACUCAGAUUUGUAGAUAUUACGUACAUGCAUCUUGUUGAGUAGAAUAAAAUCUCACAGCUGUUACAGGACAAUGUUUUAACAGUCGUGACUAUAUGAAAACGAACAAAUUAAUACCUUUUUUGAAGUUUUUGUUUUAUUGUUUCAGACCUAAAUCACAUCCAGGUGCUGCUGUAUUUUUGGCCCAAAAGUAUUUAACAUAUGUCAAGUGCAGGUAAUUAUUCAGUGUAGUGUCAAGUUAAAUAUGAAUAUAUAUUUUUCACUGGAUUGACUUUGACUGAUAAUCCUGUCCAAGCCAGUGUAUAUGUGUAUAAUGCCAUGCCAAGACUGUUUCAACAGUUUUAACACUUUUGUCAAGAGGAUUUUAUGUGUAGUAGUUUCUUGGGGCAACAUUUUAUUAUUGGGGGCACAAUUGUACUAGUGCCUAAACUAAUACAUGCAUCGAAAUACUGGUUAAUGGGCAUCUAAGAACUGCUGUAAGUGUAUUUUGCUGUCAGUGUUAAAAGUUUUAUCAAUGCUGAUGUCAAGACAGCUUUGAUGUCUCGGCAAGAUCUUGAACGCCAAUGUUUGAACGUCUUAAGCCCUUAAAGACAAACCGAUUCCAGUUCAACUUCCUGUGGAGUGUGGCCAGAUAGGAGUCAGUUCCACCCAACCCUGAUGUAUUAUUUCAGGCACUAGUAGAAAAUGUAUUUCCCUAUAGUAAUUAACAUUUUUUCUUUAACUUCCAUUUCAUUAACUUUCAUUCUGUAGCAUUUUAGUUUGAGAUUUAAUCAAACAUCUCUGUACUGUAGUCAAAGUCAGUAGACUUUGUUUUGCAAGAUGAUUCAUUUAGUUUCAUUUUUGAAAUAAUCCUCUGGAUACAGAUUAUGCACUUGUGGUUUUUUAGAGUGCCAUUUCUGUGUUUAAGUGACCUUUAAUGCUUUAUAAUUGUUUUAUACGUUUUGGACAUAUUGUCCAGGUAUUUUGACUAAGUGUCAUUGUUUUAAUCUGUUUAUAAAAUGGUAUAUGCAUAUAUAUAUAUAAAUUCAAUCAAGAGUAGUGGCUGAAUAGACUGUGGGUCGUGUCAAAAUAAUAAAAAUGAUAAUGUGGACCGAUUAACAUUGUCUUUCAUUUUGUUUUUCCUGUUAUUUUUUUUUCAACUUGUGUGUAACAGGAAUACAGUAUGUGUCUGUCUGGGUUACAAGCUUAAAGUUUGGUAAUAGAUCAAAAACAAAUUCUAUACCUUGAUAACAUUUUGACAAUAUAAAUGAAUCUUCCUAUUGGCAUGUCCCGCUGUCUAAUAUAAAAAGUUUGACAGACUGUUUAUGGUAACAAUAUAUCAUAAAGAGAGCCUGUGUUCUGUCACUUUAUUGCUUAAUUGUAUUUUACUUCAUGUGAUAUCAAAUUUUCAUUGAAUUAAUGCCAUAUCUAAUGUAUGCCUGGGGAAAUCUAGAAUGUAUUGGGACCACAUAUAUUAUAUUGAUAUGUAAACAUCUUGUUUAAUGGUAGAUUUCUAUUUAAAGCACAUUAUUAUUUUUAACCCUUUGUAUUAUCAUGUGUCAAUGGGCAGACAGAAAAGUUGUGUUUCACCAUACUCAGUAUUUACAUUAAAGAUCGGCCAUGUUUAACCACACUGUUUCCAAACUGUUUUGCAUACUAUAUGAUGGCGUAACUGAGCUCAGUUUAAAUGUUGAAUGUAUAUGCUAUGCUAAAUGUUUAAUAAUUAAGUUAUUAUUAUACCAAAGUUUGUCACAUUAUGCUAAACUAUUGUCCGGUUAUUUUUGUAUGUAAUGUCUGUAAUGUCAUGUGUGACGUGAAAUGAAAAGAAUUUGGAUCAAAUGCCAUCUGAAUAGCAUUACAACAUAUAUGUACUAUUGUACUAUUAUUAAAUAACCCGCCAUAUAUUGUUUAGAUUAUAAAAAUUCUCAGGUACAGUUAAAAAUGAUGUAUACGGUUGUGGUCAUGUAAUC